AUGUUCAACCGGCGGGGUUCCGUGAUCGCGGUCGUCAUCGGGGGCUCUACCCAAGAUGUCCUCCCCAACACUUCCGGCAGCCUUUCCGGCCCUUCCGGAGUCCACCAAGAGCACCCCUCUACGGCUUCUGACCCUGAGACGCACAAUCGCGGAGCCGUGGACAGGCCGGCCCCGACGGCGCCAGGCGACUGGCGACCCGUCUACCCUCGAUUGGUCUCCCACCAUGACUGUAUAACGCUGGCUUCAUCAUGGGGCCUUGGGCAACCGCCACCCUGGAUUGAGCACAGGGCUACCGGCGCCAGCCAAGCCCAGAGCCCGACCGAAGACGAUCUUGGCGACGGAAAAAGCAACGAUCUGCUCCUCAGCUGCCCGGCAUUCAGAAACGAGCUUGGCGUCGAGCCGGUCCGACGAAUAGCCCUGUCGAGGGCUACUCGAGACAUGGUGGUGGAUGUGAGGAGUACGGAGACGUGGCACAGAGAACACACAGCCGCCGAAGCCCAUAUCCUGGAAGACGUCUCGAAUGUGUAUCUGGGAGGCAGAUUGUGCGCUGCGAGACAACCCAAAUGCGUCAUAGAACCCCAGGAUAUUGGCAGCUACUACUAUCGACACUGUUUUGUCGGAAGACAACACGUCGAAUACGUCGGGAUGACAGAAGACCUGGGCCCGGUGGUCGUCUCCGUGGUCAAAGAUCUCUCUGAAAAGAGCCGAUUGGCCAGUGUUCAGCCACAAACUACAAACAACGGCUGUGCGGGCACGCAACAGCAACAAGGACAGCAGAAGGACAUCAAGGGCCCGAAGCAGAUCGUCUACCGGAUGAUAAUCAGGAUUGGAGAUCUGCACUUCCCGGCGUUGAGGCCGGCGCUGCAGACGCAGAAAUUCGAGGAGUUGUUGACGAAAAUCGAUGAGCAACCGAUUUAUGCGAGAUAUAAGGUGGGCGUCAUGCUGUGCGCCGACGGGCAAAGCACCGAGGAACAAAUGUACAACAACGAGCACAGCUCACCGGCUUUUGAUGAAUUCUUGGAAUUUUUGGGGCAACGAGUGAGGUUGAAGGGAUUCGAUCAAUAUAAGGGUGGUCUCGACACGAAAGGGGACACCACCGGCACCCACUCUGUGUACGCCGAGUAUGAGUCUCACGAGCUGAUGUUCCACACAGCAGCUGGCCCGGAAACGGCAUAUUGGGAACGAUAUGGUGACCGUCGUCUUUCAGGAGGCGGGCGCCCUCCCUUUCUCCCCCUAACCGUCCGCUCCCACUUCCAACACGUCUUCAUCGUCGUCCGCGUCGCCAACCCUUGUACAGAGAAUGUUUCCUACAGCGUUGCGGUCUGUCGAUGCAGAGAUGUGCCUCCGUUUGGGCCUCCAAUCCCUCGAGGAGCCACCUUCAACAAAUGCGCCUAUUUUCAUGAUUGGCUGAUCACGAAAAUAAUCAACGCCGAGAACGCCGUCCAUCGUAGUAAGAAGUUUGCGGCGAUGGCGGCGCGUACACGGCGCGAGGCGCUGCGGGAUCUCGUCGAGAAUCAUGGAGGCGCGCAUCCGAAUGAGGGUCCCGCACGGAUAGCCAGUCGCCUCCUUGGGGGGUCGGUGAAGUCGAAGCGGGAGAGGACGAAUCCGUUGAAAGCCACUUUGUUAUCCCCGCUGCGCGGCGCCGUUUCCUGGCUCGUCGACGUGCACGACUUCUCGAUGAACCAGCGUGUCAGCUGCGUGCUGGGCCUCUCCUACGACGCGCUGGUGCUGAUCGAGCGGCCGAGCGGGACGCCAAUUUUCAUCACCCCCACGCAUUCGAUCAUCGGCUGGGCGAACACGGAGAUGGGCCUGAAAAUCUACUACGACCAUGGUGACAUGUUGCUGAUGAGGUGCGUCGCGUCCUCCGAAAGCUCCGACGCUGAACUCCAGACGCUCCUCGAGAGGCUAAACAAUGUGUCGAAAGGCGAUGAAGCCCGUGAAGUCGUCGUCAGGCGGGGACGUCACGGGGAAAGCUGGGGUUUCCAUAUCCAGGAUGAGGGUGUAGUCACGGACGUGGAGAUGUACCAUACGGCUUGGAAGGCGGGGUUGCGGCAGGGCAGUCGGAUCGUUGAGAUCGAGGGCCAGAGCCUGUCGACGCUCCCGAUGGACCGGAUGUGCGAGCUGCUAAGCCCGCAGAGCGAAGCCGAUGCCUUGAGGCUGCUAUUGAUCGCCCCGGCGGCUGAUGGGAGUCCGAGGAGAGGUUGCGAAGACCCGAACUGCGCAGCGAUGAAAGGCGCCGCCGACUACAUGCUGACCCCGGACGCGUUUGCCCGCCAACCGAUUACCUACGGCGACAUGCUGCGGCUCAGGGCGCGAGAUCUGGACACUUCCCCUCACUCGUCUCCCCUCUCCGCCGAGGGCUGCUCGUUCUCAUUCUCGGGAGCACCAGCUUCGGCUUCUCGUCAUCAACAGGCCGGCAACGUGCGGUCGAAGAACUCGCUCGGAGCCCCCUCAAACUCGAGCACCAACGCCUCGUCGAUCCACGAUGGCCUCUCCCAGCUUCUCCAUGCUCCAAAGUUAAAUCGUGCAUUUUCCGAUGAAUUCCUGCGGUUGGGGAGGAACCAGAGCCAGGAUGGAGAGCUGACGUCCAUCACCCAAGAGUGCGAACGGCUUCGCGGCGAGCUCUCGCGAGCCCGGCUGAGCAUCGACCGCCUCUCCCUUGAUAAUCGACAGCUGGACGAUGCUCUUCAAGCUGAGCGACAAGCGCACGAGACAACAAGAAGCCAACUGCAGCUCCUCCAGGGCGAGCAGACGAUCCUG